CAAAAAAAUAAUUCUGAACUUUUUAUCGCCAGCCGCCUUCAAGAUAAAUUCCACCCAAAAUACCGAGCGCAACAGCAAAUAUGGCCAAACGAACUUUGGACGAUGCGGAACUUUCCAAUGGUGGGUUGAGUGCCCAAGAAAAUACCCCAGCAUCCAAAAAGAGUCGGAAAGAAAGCAAGAAGGCCAAAGUCGAAGAGUCUGCAAAUCCAAAUAUUACUGUGGAAGAGGCAGAUGUGGAUGCGGAGAAGGCAGCCAAGAAAGAGAAGAAGCGCUUAAAGAAGUUGAGGAAGUUACAAGAGGGUGAGGCAGAAAUCAAUGGUGUAGGGUCCGAAAGCGCAAAGGACGAAUCGAAACCAGAAGAAGCAGACGCAAAGGCAGCCAAGAAAGCAGAAAAGGCGAGAUUGAAGGCAUUGAAGAAGGCUAAGAAAGAAGGAAAAGAAUCAUCAGGAGAUUCGACUCCUCAAGAGCCAAAUGCGCUAGCUGUCAAUGGAGGAUCUGCCAACGGCACUAUUUCGAAAUCGAAUAGCAGCGCAAGCAAUAGCUACGUCGAGGAUCCAGAAUUGACAGCACUCCCUCAAACGGAAAUCGACUCCUUCCUUGCGGAACACUUCAUCUCGAUCACCGAUCCUCUCUCCUCCUCUAACCAACUCCGUCCUAUGACCAAGUUCUCUUACCUACCUAUUACCGACCCCGCACAUCGCGCUCCCUUCAAGAACUUCAAGGCUCCCACGCCUAUACAAGCGGCAGCAUGGCCACAUCUUUUCAAUGGGAGAGAUGUGAUUGGUGUUGCAGAGACCGGUUCGGGAAAGACUAUGGCAUUCGCAGUGCCAUGUGUCAGAGGCAUACUCUCUCUACCCGAGAGCCAGAGAAAUAAGGGCGCUAGAGCAGUGAUUGUGUCGCCUACACGAGAACUAGCUAUGCAAAGCUACGAGCAGAUCAUGCAAUUAGCCAAAGUUUCAGGACUUAGGGCUGUCUGUGUCUAUGGUGGUGUACCCAAGGAGGAGCAACGUAAAUCCUUGAAGACCGCUGAUAUUGUGGUUGCUACGCCUGGUCGACUGAACGAUUUGAUCAACGAAGGAUGCGCCGAUUUGAGCAAGGCAAAAUACGUUGUUCUAGACGAAGCAGAUCGUAUGCUUGAUAAGGGGUUCGAAGAGGAGAUUCGCAAGAUCAUUAAUACAACACCAUCGCUCGGUCAACGACAGACGCUUAUGUUCACUGCUACAUGGCCAGAGUCCGUGAGAUCCUUGGCCGCUACCUUCAUGACAGAUCCUGUACGUAUCAACAUCGGUGAUAAUCCCGAGGGAGAUCUACGAGCCAAUACUCGCAUUGUCCAGAAGGUCGAGGUUGUGGACCCACGAAAUAAGGAAUUCCGACUUCUUCAACUAUUGAAGCAGUAUCAGAGCGGGGCCCAGAAAGACGACAGGAUUCUUGUUUUCGCAUUAUACAAGAAGGAAGCUACCAGAGUUGAGGGUUUCAUCCGCUCGAAGGGCUACCGAGUUGCUGGAAUUCAUGGUGACCUGAGUCAAGAACAAAGAACGAGGAGUUUGGAAUCGUUCAAGCAAGGGAAGACACCGAUUCUUGUCGCAACUGAUGUCGCGGCACGGGGUCUUGAUAUUCCUGCUGUAAAAUUGGUGAUCAAUUGUACAUUUCCAUUGACCGUCGAGGACUACGUGCAUCGAAUUGGGCGCACAGGAAGAGCUGGAAAGGAAGGAUUGGCUAUCACAUUGUUUACUGAGCAUGACAAGGCUCAAUCUGGAGCCCUCAUCAACGUUCUCAAAGCAGCAAACCAAGAUGUGCCCGCAGAUCUACUAAAAUUCGGAACGACUGUAAAAAGAAAGGAGCACGAAGCCUACGGCGCGUUCGCGAAGGAUGUUGAUAUGACUAAGAAGGCCAAGAAGAUUACUUUUGAUUAGACGUCUGUUUAGAUUUCUGUCUCGAGGGAUUCAGCCUAGAUUCUCCUUUUUCCGAUCCCCUAAAUCCAUUUAGAUGGCAUUAGAGUGGCUAAAACUCCUGGCAUGGCUUUUUUGGUGUCUUUUUUUGCGAAUGGAAACUUGUCGAUUGAUUGCAUAGAGGUACAAUGAAUGAUUGACUGACUUCUCAUACUUAUGAUUCGCAGAAUAUCCUAGGCAGAGUUGAUGUGAGAAUUUGUAUCGCAGC